GCGAACUCUGGAGGCAGACUUGCAGUCAGCAGCUCGUCGGGCAGUUGAAGGGGAGCGGGCUCUCUGCGUCUGGGAGAGUCUGAGCGGAGCGAGGCGGCCACUGAGUGCCGUGUUCCGCUCCUUCGAGGAGGAGCCGCUGGCCUCCGCUUCUGUGGCCCAGGUGCAUGCGGCGGUGCUCGUGACGGGGGAGCGCGUGGCCGUGAAGGUGCAGAAGCCCGGCGUUCAGCAAGUCCUGCAGGCCGACCUGGGCUUCUUGUUCCUCGCCGCCCGCACUUUGGAGUUUCUGAGCCCCGAGCUCGCCCGAACCUCCGUGGUCGACAUCCUCUCAGAGAUCCGCAGCUCCAUGUUGGAUGAGUUGGACUUCACGAAGGAGAUGGAUAACCUCGAGACUUUCCGGAGUUUCUUGCAGCAGAACGGCCUCGAGCGCAUUGCCGCAGCACCGAGGACCUUUCCGGAGGCGUCGGGGAAGAAGGUUCUGACCAUGGAGUUGUUCUCCGGUGUUCCCCUCACGGACCUCGAAGGCAUUCGGCAGUACAGCAGCAACCCAGAACAGACAUUGAUCAACGCCCUAAAUGUUUGGUCACUGUCUGUGAGGGCCUGCGAGAUUUUCCAUGCCGACGUCCACGCAGGAAACCUUCUCGUGCUAGAGGAUGGCCGCGUGGGAUUCAUCGACUUCGGCAUCGUUGGCCGAAUCCCGCCCAAGAUCUGGUCUGCAGUGGAGGGCUUUGCCCUGUCCUUUGCUGCGAACGAUGCGGCCGGGAUGGCCAAGAACCUCAUUGCAAUGGGAGCCACGGAUCGCUUCGUCGACGAGUCAGCCCUGGCAUCCGACGUGCAAAACGUCCUCUCAAGGAUCGCUGGCUUGCAGCCUGAGGUGGUGCUGCGGGGCAAAGGCGACGGCCGCGUGGUUGCCGAGGUGGGCCUGGACAACGACCAGGUCACGGAGCUGUUGCUCGAGUUGAUCCGGGUGGCGGACAGCAACGGCUUGAAGCUGCCGAGGGAGUUUGCCCUUCUCGUGAAGCAGGCCUUGUACUUCGACCGCUAUACAAAGCUCCUGGCGCCGGACCUGGACCCGUUGCGAGACUCCCGGGUAGCGCUGGGCAAAGGCGAGGCGAUCGAGAAGUCGCACCUGUGA